UGUCAUUUUGUGCAUUUUGAUUAAUUUUAUUAACGUAAAAUCGUCAUGAUGUGUUUCUGCUGUUUUAAUGUAAAAUUUUAGUUCUGUACCUUUAUGUGCGUAAGUUUUAUUGCAAGCUUAUGAACUUUUUUGGUGUGUUUUUCAUCUUUUGGAGUGUUAUUAUUCGGUACGCACCGCGCUGGCGUACCGUGUUUUACUGAAAAGAUCGGAACAAGUUCUAUGUUCCGCGGUAGAAUCUAGCGCUAUUUCGCUGUGCGCCAAUCGUACUGUACUUACAUACUCAUUCGACUGACAGUUUCUUAAACUUCUUUCGCGAUUGCGAUGGCGUAUUUUCGAGCGGCUGAAAACUCCAUUCAUCGUGGAUUUCUGACUUCUCUACCGUCUCCAGUCAAGUAUAUGUUUGCUUACGGUUCUGGAGUUUUCAGACAACAAGGACAUGCUAGCGACAAGGCGAACAUGCUGGACUACAUUGUCGUCGUUGAUGAUCCGCUCCAGUGGCAUACAGAGAACCUGGUGAAGCAUUCUCGCCACUAUUCCUUUCUGCGAUUCGGUGGACCGAAAUUCCUUACGGAAAUCCAGCGCGGAUUCGGUGCUGGAGUGUAUUUCAAUACCCUGGUUAAAUUUGAAGACCGUCUAGUCAAGUAUGGAGUUGUGGCCACUGACGAUUUGCUAGCUGACUUACGUGACUGGACGACACUUUACAUUAGCGGGCGGCUACAUAAACCGGUGUUGACUGUGCAAGACACAGCGGAUUCUAGUUUUCGCCAAGCCAUGCUGGAUAAUUUGCGUUCCGCUGUGAGAACGGCAUCGUUGCUGUUGCCGGAUGCCUUCACGGACGAAGAACUGUUUCUUCGGAUUGCCAACCUUUCAUACGCAGGGGAUUUCAGAAUGAUUUUUGGAGAGGACAAAAAUAAAGUUAGGAAUAUUGUUUUGCCUCAUCUGGAUAAAUUCCAUGAAAUUUACCGACCCAUUCUGAAAGAAGAGCAGUAUAUAGAUGCCAGUGCCAAUUAUCGCACUUUUCAGCAAGAUUGUUCCCCUAAAACUAAAUUGCUACUUUUGGGAUUGUUACCGCGAAAUCUUAAGGAACGAGUUAUCAGGGACCGUUUCAGGGAUAAUCGGAAUAAGGAUGUUUCGAUAAUUCUAGAAGAUUUGGCUCACAGUGCUGAUUGCUCCAAGAUUGUGGAUAAAGGGUGUCGGCAGAUUGUUAGUUAUUCAAGCUGGUGGCAGAGUGUCAAGGGAAUUUUUACGGCUGGUAUUAUAAAAUCAGUGCGAUAUAGUGCUACCAAAGUGAUAAAGAUGAUAAAGGGAGGCAUGAAGAAGGGUUCUUGAAAGGGCACGUUGUGAUGCUUGAAAGUUGUGGUUGUGAGAUCACUUGUGGGUUGAAUUCGCACAAUAUUGGAAAGUUUUGGAAGUAGGACUACGAACUUUGAAGAUCUCCGUGUGUUUUAUUUUCUUGAAUGUCGUUGCUUGCUGGCUAUAAAGCAUUUGGGGCAAUCAUUGUUUUGGUCUAUAAUUUUUAUAUUUCGUGUGCGAUUUGCGAAUGCUCAGAAUGGGAUUGAUGAGAGUUUAUUGCCGGAUUUCAUAUUAUGCGGUCUUGCGAAAGAGGUUUACUUUUCUUGACAAAAAUGUUCUCCCUGCGG